AUGUCAAUGGGUAAAUGGGCAAACGUUUCUUGGGUAAAACAAGCGUACUUGUGCUUGAUUCCUGCUCUACCAAUUGGUUGUUUUGUUUACAAUGCUGGCAGGGAUGUAGGGUAUCCUGCUUGGUUAUAUCAUAGGUUAAAUGUAGAUGUCCCUGAGCAUCUGUUGGAAUUGUUGGAGGAUGAACUUGAUGGGAUGAAGAUAAAAAAAAAAUCUAAGGUCCUAGUUAGUUUAACCGAUCGGCUAGAUGCGCGAGUUAUUGGAGGAUUUUUUCUCUCUAAUGGUGCAGAGCUACAGAUUCCACUGACAGUUGCAUUCCGAGAUAGUGAAGAAGCCAGAAAAUUAGGCUGUAGUAUUGAUGUUGAUUGUGGUUUGAGGACAACCUCUCGAAGACUGGAUAUUGAUUCUGCAUACGGCGAACGGUUCCUCGAUGGAAUGAAAUUCAGCGAUGCAGCACGUCGUUUUGUUUUACGUCGAGGUCUUUUGAAUGCAGCUAGUGGUAAAGCUUUCACAAUUCCACUAGUAAUUUGGGCAGCAGUAUUUGGUGCUAUGUAUGGCGUAUUGUUAAUAUUAAUCCCUGUUCUGGGCAGUUUGUUGGCUUUUGUGGUCACAACAGCCAUUUCGAGUGCAAUCUUUUACAAACUUUAUUGUGCCUUCAGGGUUUUUCUAAUUCAGAAACUAGAUGUGGAAGCUUGCAAAGGGUCAGAUUUGCACAGAAAAGGAGCUGAAGAAUACUUUUCUACGUCUAUGAAAUUGUGCAGAUUGAUAAGAAAAAUUCUUGGAAAAGAUGGUGCUGUUUAUAUCUCUGAAAGCGGAGACUGUUUAAAAGAUCCUGUACCGUUUUCACAGAGAUUAAAGGCCAUUAAAAUAACAUUUGGAGUCGCCCUGGAAAGAAAGACGAUGCGCCUUUUUGCAGUUUUAGGAGCUAAAAAGAGGCCAUCAAGUGGCGAAGCUCCAGAUAUAUCAACUUUUGCGAUGAAUAGCAAAUUUGGUCGUCGUUUACGACUUGGCAUUAUUACCGCAGCAGUUGUUUCUUACCCCAUUGUUUCACUUCUUUUGAAUGGUCCACUUUUGAAUCGUUCGUUUACUUAUUUCCACAAGGUUGAUACGAAAUUACCCGUUCGAGUCGACACCAUUGCAAAAGAAGAGUACAAUCGUUAUCUUAAAAAGGAAAAGAAGAGCACCGAGGAAGUUAAUGUGUCAUUUUAUCGUUCACUUUCAACAAGUGAAUUCGAUAGCGUUUUGGCGGGCUGUUUGGGCGUAAGGUCAGGCGUCAAAAUUGCAUUUCCGUUUUACGUUAAAAUUGGCAGUAAGGAAGAAUCUGUAAUUUACUGCCAAAGGAAUUUGAAUAACUUUUCAUUUUACAAUAAGCCAGUCAACAUCGCCUGGGACUCCGACAUUGGCAUCGCUCUCGCAGAAACGUUUUAUCUGAGUGAUAAGGCACUUCGAUUUUUGGCAUUGCGAGAUCUCUAUGCUAAUGAGGAUUACAGAGCCUAUAUUUCAAAAGAAAUGUCAUGGGCUGGAUACUCAUCUGUUGCCGGUUUUUUCACUUACAUAGUGCACGGAUUUUCUAAGCAACGGCAUAGUUUGCAGUGGUUCUUGUCUAUUUUGUUAGUCGCUUCAGCUCUUGCCUAUCUGGGUUCUAAAUAUUGGCAUCAACUGUACAGGCACAUUGCAGAUCUUAAAGCGGAUGAAAAAUCUGCUCUAACCUCUUUCGAUCAUUGUGAAGGUGGUAAAGAAUAUUACUGGAAAAUGCUCAAAAGAAACAGAAUGCUAUUAUCCAUUUUGGGUGAGGAAGCUUUACCAAAAAUUACUUCUACCGGAGACGUAAAAGGAAUUGCGACAUCUUUCUUUAAACGUUUUUUGGGACUGAAGGGGUUUUAUGUGGAUGUUGAAAACGAAGAAGUUCCAGUUGAUCCCGGAGAUUAUUUUGAACUGGACGAUUAG